AUGGGCCUCAUCAAGAUUCUUCUCAAGGCUAUUCUCAUUCCCAUCGUCCUUCUCGUGGUUGUCACCGUCGUUGUUAUCGUUCUCAUCAAAAUGCGUCGCGAGAAAAAGGAGGAACAAAGGCAGAUUCAAAACCACUCGUUCCAGCCACCCCCUAUUACUCAAUGGGCAUAUGACAAUUACCCUCAGAAGCCACUGCCGGUAGUCUACCCUGCAGCUACACCGGGUCAGGUGGAGCAAGGCAUUGUUCAUGCACAAUAA